AUGAGAAACUUCUACAUCUUGCUAUUUUGUGAGUUUCCCACUCAAUAUUCCGUUAUCACUUUUCUGAUGUCCGAUUAUUUGCAGGAAGCGGAGAACCAGGUACAAGUGGAAGUGCAAUCCGAGGUUGCACCCGAAGCACCCGCGGGAUCCGUAGGCAAGACAGAAACUGAAGCGCAACAGACAGCACAACCUGAAGCAAAGCCAGAGGUUGAACCGGAGGUGCCACAGGAACCGGUGCAAGUACCCGAAGAGGAAGCUGCUGCCAGACCCGAGCAACCCAAUGAAAUCGCACAAUCACAGGAAGCGGAGAGCCAGGUGCAAGUGGAACUGCAACCCGAAGUUGCACCAGAGGCACUCGAGGGAUCCGUAGCCAAGACCGAAACUGAAACGCAACCCACAGCACAACCUGAGACGAAGGCGGAUGUUGAGGCGGAGGUGGCACAGGAACCGGUGAAAGUACCCGAAGAGGAGGCUGUUGCCGCACCUGAGCAGCAGUUUGCAAUCGCACAAUCACAGGAAACGGAGAGCCAGGUGCAAGUGGAACUGCAACCCGAAGUUGCACCAGAGGCACUCGAGGGAUCCGUAGCCAAGACCGAAACUGAAACGCAACCCACAGCACAACCUGAGACGAAGGCGGAUGUUGAGGCGGAGGUGGCACAGGAACCGGUGAAAGUACCCGAAGAGGAGGCUGUUGCCGCACCUGAGCAGCAGUUUGCAAUCGCACAAUCACAGGAAGCGGAGAACCAGGUACAAGUGGAACUGCAACCCGAAGUUGCACCAGAGGCACUCGAGGGAUCCGUAGACAAGACAGAAACUGAAACGCAACCCACAGCACAACCUGAGACGAAGGCGGAUGUUGAGGCGGAGGUGGCACAGGAACCGGUGCAAGUACCCGAAGAGGUGGUUGCUGCCGUACCCGAGCAGCAGUUUGCAAUCGCACAAUCACAGGAAGCGGAGAACCAGGUACAAGUGGAACUGCAACCCGAAGUUGCACCAGAGGCACUCGAGGGAUCCGUAGACAAGACAGAAACUGGAACGCAACCCACAGCACAACCUGAGACGAAGGCGGAUGUUGAGGCGGAGGUGGCACAGGAACCGGUGCAAGUACCCGAACAGGAGGCUGCUGCCGUACCCGAGCAGCAGUUUGCAAUCGGUACGUUGAUUUCGUUCCAGUUGCAAUUGUACUCCAAUUUGCGUUCACAUACACACAUUUUUGCGCUAAAUUGA